CUUACCCAAUUAAGAACACUUCACCACUGUCAAUCAUUCCAGGAAGAACAGAACCAGAAUCGCCAUAACAGUGUUCAUAUGCACUAAAUUAACCCAAAAUCAAUCUCUUUUGAUGAACACCUUCUGCAGAAAUCACAAAUCUUAUGCUGCAAUCAGAACCAUUUCUUCAAUCUCCGUUGCUGCUGCGCUCGAUCCACCAUUCCAAGAACACGGCCGUGUUCUCGUCACAAGAUCAUCCUUUAUCCAGAAUCUCCAAACCCUAGUCAUAAAUUGCGCCGAUCAGAGAAGAAUCAGGCAAGGCCAAUCCUGCCACGCUCAAAUUCUCCACUUCCGAUUACAAUCCGACGCCAUAACCUCCAACAUUCUGAUCAAUCUCUACUCCAAAUGCGGCCGCAUCGAAUACGCAGUCAAAGUGUUCGACGAAAUGCGCGUGAAGACCGACGUGUCUUGGAACACUCUGAUCGGCGGGUACACUCGAAUUGGAGGAAGCAAUGAAUCCUUAAACCUCUUCAUAAAGAUGCUCAGAGAAGGAAAUGGAAUCACUGAAUUUGCUCUGUCGAGCGUUCUCUGCGUUUGUGCUUCGAAAAUUUUAUCCUUCGAGAGCCUGCAGUUGCACGCUUUCGCGAUUAAAACGUCGAUGGAAUCGAAUGCGUUCGUCGGCACUGCAUUGCUUGAUGUUUACGCGAAGUGCGGUUUCGUCGGGGACGCUUCGAAGGCGUUCGAAUCAUUGCCGGAGAAGAAUGACGUAACGUGGAGUUCGAUGAUGGCCGGAUUCGUUCAGAACGAGCGUCACGAGGAGGCGUUGAAAUUAUUCCUAACGGCGCAGAGGAACACCGUCGAAAUUAACGCGUACAGUAUUUCGUCGUUCCUCAGCGCCUGCGCUGCGUUGGCGGCUUUGAUAGAAGGGAAACAGAUGCACGGCGUUGUGUUUAAGAUCGGGUUCGGCGCGAAUCAAUUCGUCGCGGCGUCUCUCGUCGACGUGUACGCGAAAUGCGGGAGUAUUAAAGACUCGUACGCCGCGUUUUGCACUGCGGACGAGAAGAACGUCGUUUUAUGGAAUACGAUGGUAUCGGGUUUCGCCCGACACGCGCGGCCAUUCGAGGCGAUGAUAUUGUUCGAGAAGAUGCAGCAGAUGUUGUACAAGCCGAACGAAGUGACGUACGUUUCGAUUUUAUCGGCGUGCGCCCACAUGGGUUUGUCGGAAAAAGGGCGCAAAUAUUUCAACAUGAUGGAAACCGAGCACAACCUAUCGCCGAACGUUUUUCACUACGCUUGCAUGGUCGACAUCCUCGGAAGAACCGGGCGAAUCGACGAAGCGAGAGAUUUAAUCGCGACGAUGCCGUUCGAUGCUACAGCGUCGAUUUGGGGUUCGCUUUUAGCUUCUUGCCGGGUUUACGGAAAUGUCGAGGUGGCCGAGGUCGCGGCGAGAGAGUUAUUCGAGAUGGAACCGAACAACGCCGGGAAUCACGUCUUGCUUUCGAACAUUUACGCCGCGAAUCGAAGGUGGGAGGACGUCGCGUCGGCGAGAAAACUUCUUAAAGAGAGCGAAGCCAAGAAAGAGCGCGGCAAGAGUUGGAUUGAGAUUAAGGACAAAGUUCAUUCGUUUAUGGUCGGCGAGAGAGCGCAUCCACGGAUAAACGAGAUCUAUUCGAGGCUCGACGGAUUGUUUGAAGAGAUGGCGGAAUUGGGGUUCAAGGGCGAGAUUGAACACGACUUGCACGACGUCGACGAGAGCUACAAGAGGGAACUUCUCAAGCAUCAUAGCGAGAAGCUCGCCUUUACGUUCGGGUUAAUGUGCUUACCUUCGUGCGCGCCCGUAAGGAUCAUGAAGAACCUACGGAUAUGCGGCGAUUGCCAUGAGUUCAUGAAAAUCGCGUCGGCUCUCACGGGGAGAGAAAUUGUCGUCAGGGACAAUAACCGGUUUCACCAUUUUAGGGACGGGCGAUGUUCGUGCGGAGAGUUUUGGUAGCGAUGGCGAUCGAGAUGCUUCGACCAAAAGAGGUGAAUUGUGCUUUAAUUCGUUGUUUUACGAUGAAUCGAGGUUGUUAAGGAGAGUUCUCGUCGUUCUUUCGCUUUUGUCGUCGUGGAUGUAAAGAACUUUUCGAUCCAUGGGCGCAUAAGAGGUGGCCGGAGUCGCUAGUUCAAACUCUACCGUUGUUUUAUCGACCGAGCAUGUCAUACAGAACUUUAUCUAGUGUAGCUUUUUUUGUUGGCGUGGUUUGCAUAUUAUUACGUUUGAUCGGAGGUUUACUCAGGGUGUCUCA